AAUAAAAUGUGCAUAUUACAAAGAGACUGCAAACAGGAAAAAAUAGGAAGAGGAAUAUUACCAGAUUUUCCUCGCUGAAUCGCUCAAACAAUGAUCAGUUUUACCAAAAGAGAUAGGUAUAUUGAACUGGCUAGGCUACUGCGAAACAUUGUCCGGGAAACUCUGCGAAACAUCCUCCGAGGAAACACAGGGUUUCCAAAAUUAGCAAUAUCGAUAACUGUUCAGUUAUUUGUUUGUGCAACGUGAUGAACUCAGCAGAUUCUUAUCGUGACGAGCAAAGCAAACAGCGCGUGAAAGCAAAUGGUUCAUUUUCAUCGUUUUAACGAUCAAUUAGGACGGCUAUGUGGAUUAUGGCGGGGAUUUUGACAGCUGUGGCUUUAUGUACAAAUUUGAAAGCUACAGCUUCAUCACCUCCGACAGAAACUUCAGUGGAAGCAUGUUCCAAUGGAAGUUUGACAAUACAAUGGAAAGGUUUUACAGACCUGAAUACAAUCAAAGGAAUCAACUGGAAGAUAAAGUUUCCUGACAGCAGGAGAUGGAGAGACUUGUCUCACUGCACGAUGUCCGACGACGAGUGCUCAGAGGUGCCAAGACUUCCCCACGGAAUCACGGUGCAGAGCAUUACUAAGCAAAACGUUGCCAUAGAACGCUUCGAAAACAACAGCACAAUAGAUCAUGUCAAGAUUAUGUGUGCUGUUGAUCAGCAUACCAGCACAGGCACCAACACUAAACUUUAUAUCUAUGACAUCAGUUUUGUUGUUCAGUGUGCGAAGCCUGUGGAAGGGAGAAAUCUCAACUUAACGAGAAUUCUUCAGAACAUGGUUACGGCAUGUGAGCGAGUAAGUUAUGUGCAUUGGUCUAUCAAUGGAAGUAACUUUGCCAGCUGCGACUCUUGUCAGGGUUGCGAAAAUUGCUCUAAAAAAGGACGCGAAGGCAGUAACGAUGAAGUCAGUUUGGAUUUCAGGAGAAGAUUAAGAUUUACGGGAGGUCUAAUACUGACCAACAUUUAAGGUUAUGAUGACGGACUCGAGAUUGAGGUCAGAUUUGACAUUAAAAAAGACUCUGGUGUGAAGAGAACGGUUGGGCCUAAGACUAUAAGGAUUUUGGUCGAGAGGGCUCGGUACUUUUCGUCAUUAGUAGUCACGAAUGCUCCUACUCUGGUAAUAUCCACUUCUCCUAGGUCUGUCUCUCAAAGCAGAGUGUCUGGUCCACCCUUCACUAUCCGCAACCCAGAGCAUGAAAAACACAAACCAACGAGCGGUGCAUCAGCCACAAACAGACUUGCUCUGACAUUGACAGUGAUUGCGGUUACUAGUCUCCUCUGAAUUUGUCUGAGAAAACAAUGCCGUAAAAGACCAUACCGGAAAAUUCUUCUUUUAAACAAGUUCUUAACCUUAACUUUUAUUUUUGCAGGUUUCAAAAGAACUUUUUUUUGUAUUACAAAACGUUGCACGGUUGUUGCAGGAAACUACUGAAAAUAAAAUAAAUUUUCCUUUUGUAUAGGACCUAUUUUCUUAGUUUUUUUUUUUUAGGAAAAAAUUUGUAUCUUACUCGCUUAUAGGAGGAUAUUUUAUAGAACUGAGUACUUUCAAAACGAAGCAGGUAUCAUAUGCAAGGUCUUUUAACUUCCGAUGAAAUUAGUUCAGAUAUUUAUUUUUUAACUUGUAAAGCUAUUUAUGGGUAACAAAUACGUGACGUAAAUAAAGAAAUAAAUUCA